AUGCAUCAAUCUACCGUCGCCCUCCUGGUGAGCAACGCCCUGGUGGCUUGGGCUGCGACUCCCUCAGGCUUUCAACCGGCGUCCAAUGUCGACCUCAUUGUUGCCUAUGGAGACCAGUCGGCUCUGAACGGUGUUGAUCUGGCGAAGAGCCACUACACGACAUCAGAACGACUCGGACUAACCGGACUAGUUACGCAACAGGAGCCUACCUUCGGCACGACCGAGCCGUUGACCGGAAAGAGCUAUGCCAUCAUCAUGGUUGACGUCGAUAUUCCGACCAACAACCCCCCGCAGACCGGUACCUUCCUGCACUGGGCCCAGACAGAUCUGACUCCCGUCGCGCAGACGACAACAGUCAAGCUCAACGACGGCGAGCGCACCAUCCACACUCUGACGACCAACGCGGCUGCGAUUGCAGACUACAAGGGCCCCUCGCCACCGGCAAGAGUUCCCCUCACCCAUCGCUAUAUCGAGAUUCUGGUCGACACCAGCGACAUUACUGCAGAGGGAACCGCGGCAUUGCAGGCCCUGUCGACCCGCGGAGGCGUUCAGGUCAACGAUGUGCUCACUCAGGCGGGACUGGCAAACAAGGUGGUGGCCGGCAACUUCUUCACCGUGACCAACCCCGGACCUGCGGCGAACGCUGCGAACUCGAGGAAGGACAACAGCAGCAGCACCGCUCCCACCGGAGGUGUGACGCCGUCUGCGAGGCCCACAAACAUUUCUAUGGGACAGAAGUCAACAGGCUUCUCCACCACAACGGUCUUGAGCGCGGCAGCAGCCGGCCUUCUGGCUCUCUUCGCCAGCUCGUUCUAA